AUGAGUGUAGAAAUUCUAGAUGGUGCCACCAUUGUCCACUUUCUUGAAGAUGAAGAAGCAUUUAAUGACUCUGUAGGUAACCGAUUUGCUCGCCUUGACACAAACCAUGACGGUCUUCUCUCUUAUGAUGAGAUGUUAAAGGAGCUCCAGGGUCUGAGAGUUUUCGAAACACACUUUGGUAUUGAUGUGGAGUCAGACCCAAAAGAGCUUGCCCGUGUUUAUGCAUCCUUGUUCAUACAAUUCGAUCACAAUUUAAAUGGCACAGUUGAUCUAGAAGAAUUCAAGAAAGAAACAAAGGAGAUGAUGCUUGCAAUGGCAGAUGGAAUGGGUUUCAUGCCAAUUCAAAUGGUGUUGGAAGAAGACAGCAUCCUUAAGAAAGCAGUUGAAAGAGAGUACAAUAAAGUCGCAGCUUAA